AUGGCGAUCCCAGCGUGCCCCGCGCACGGGCGGCGCUCUGGCCCGGCGCUCUCGCCGGCGUCGCUGGCCGGACGGACGCUAGCGGAGGCGCAGGCGGCGGCGGCCGGGGCCGGCGGGGGGUAUCCGGCGGCCCGGACGCGGCGGGGGCAGCCGGCGGCCGCCGGGAACGGGGGCGGCGGCGGCGGCGCGGCGCCCGUGCGCGGCCCGCGCGGCCCCAACCUCAACCCUAACCCGCUCAUCAACGUGCGCGACCGGCUCUUCCACGCGCUGUUCUUCAAGAUGGCCGUCACCUACUCGCGCCUUUUCCCACCCGCCUUCCGCCGCCUUUUUGAGUUCUUCGUUCUGCUCAAGGCCCUGUUUGUGCUUUUUGUGCUGGCCUACAUACACAUUGUCUUCUCCCGGUCACCCAUCAAUUGCUUGGAGCAUGUUCGAGAUCGGUGGCCGCGUGAGGGCGUCCUGCGGGUAGAGGUGCGCCACAACUCCAGCCGGGCACCCGUGAUCCUGCAGUUCUGUGAUGGGGGCCUAAGUGGCCUGGAGCUGGAGCCAGGGGGCCUGGAGCUGGAGGAGGAACUGACCGUGGAGAUGUUCACCAACAGCUCCAUCAAGUUCGAGCUGGACAUUGAGCCCAAAGUGUUCGAGCCACCAGGUGGCGCCGAUGCCCUGAACGACAGCCAGGACUUCCCUUUCCCGGAGACACCAACAAAAGUGUGGCCACAGGAUGAGUACAUCGUGGAGUACUCGCUGGAAUACGGCUUCCUGAGGCUGUCACAGGCCACGCGCCAGCGCCUGAGCAUUCCGGUCAUGGUGGUCACCCUAGACCCCACGCGGGACCAGUGCUUCGGGGACCGCUUCAGCCGCCUGCUGCUGGAUGAGUUCCUGGGCUACGACGACAUCCUCAUGUCCAGCGUGAAGGGCCUGGCGGAGAAUGAGGAGAACAAGGGCUUCCUGCGGAACGUGGUGUCCGGGGAGCACUACCGCUUUGUCAGCAUGUGGAUGGCGCGCACCUCCUACCUGGCGGCCUUCGUCAUCAUGGUCAUCUUCACCCUCAGCGUGUCCAUGUUGCUGCGCUACUCGCACCACCAGAUCUUCGUCUUCAUCGUGGACCUGCUGCAGAUGCUGGAGAUGAACAUGGCCAUCGCCUUCCCCGCAGCGCCCCUGCUGACCGUCAUCCUGGCCCUCGUCGGGAUGGAAGCCAUCAUGUCCGAGUUCUUCAAUGACACCACCACGGCCUUCUACAUCAUCCUCAUCGUGUGGCUGGCCGACCAGUACGACGCCAUCUGCUGCCACACCAACACCAGCAAGAGGCACUGGCUGAGGUUCUUCUACCUGUACCACUUCGCCUUCUACGCCUACCACUACCGCUUCAACGGGCAGUACAGCAGCCUGGCCCUGGUCACCUCGUGGCUCUUCAUCCAGCAUUCCAUGAUCUAUUUCUUCCACCACUACGAGCUGCCCGCCAUCCUGCAGCAGAUCCGCAUCCAGGAGAUGCUGCUGCAGCCGCCGCCGCUGGGCCCCGGGACCCCCACGGCGCUGCCCGACGACCUGAACAACAACUCCGGCUCCCCCACGGCCCCCGAGCCCGGCCCGCCCCUCGCGCUGGGCCCCGGCUCCGCGCCCGCCGGCGGGACCCCCGGGCCCGGCUCGCUGGGCGCGGCCGCCGCGGUGUCCGGCAGCGACCUGGGCUGGGUGGCCGAGACGGCCGCCAUCAUCUCGGACGCGUCCUUCCUGUCGGGGCUGAGCGCCUCCCUGCUGGAGCGGCGGCCGGCGGCCCCCGGCGCCCCCGACAGCGCGCGCCCCGACCCCGGGCCCCCUCCCGAGGACGCGCCCGCGCCCGCGGGGUCCUGAGCCACGUCGAGCCUGGCUCCCGGCGGAACCGCGGCGGGGCCGGGGCGAGCUGUGGUCUGCAGGGAGGGGGCCGGCGGCCGAGGUUCUGGAGGCGGCCGGGGCGGGCGGCGGGCGAGGCCCGGCCGCCUGGUGCUCCCCAGUGCCUUCACACGGCGCCCGCACGGGGCCGAGCGCCGCGCCCGGACGCAGCUGGCUCAGGACGCGGGGCGCACGGUCCACGCUAUUUAAUUGCAGUGUACAGAGUCGUGUUUGUAUAUAGAAUAAACUGUCGUGGACAGCG